AUGAGCUAUGCGUUUCGACGAGGGUGUGUACAGCUGAUGAGCAGCACAGCACCGCGCUGGUCAACGCCUGCCACCAGUACCUGCUGCAGUGCACAGUUCCGGCAGUCAUGCUACAGGUCGUCAGUGGCAUCGCGCCAUUUCAAAGCCACGGCUCGACUGCCCAAGGAAUUGUCAGAUGAGACUGCCAGAGAAACCAACCAGAGAGAUCAGGAUGCCCACGAAGAGGAGGUCAAGGCCAGCAUGGAGGCUGCCGUCAAGCAGCAGAUCAAAAGACCGUGGCAGCGCGAGGGCGCCGACAAGCCCCCCGUUGACGAGGAAGCAAGGCACCUGAACAAGAACAUGGCCAAAGGAAAGCUCUUGACCACACCAACGCGACUCCUCAAGCUCAUCAUCCCCCUGCCCGCCGAUGCUACCCACGACGAGAAAGGAAACAAGGGCGAAUUCAGGUCCUUGGCCCAGAAUGAGGAAAUCCAGCCUCUGGCACUUUUGGUUCAUCCUCAGCAGCCUCUCUCCUACCUCGAACGCCUGAUUCAAGCCGAACUGCCUCCCGUAUACGACGACAAGGGCCGCGAGAAGAUGCCAAGCGUAUAUUUCCGCGCUGAAUCUUCGGACAAGGACGAGGAUGGCCAGAAGAGACAGACCGGUGACCACAUCGCCUCGGCCUCGGGGCUCGGGAGAGAAGGUCCCAGCACCCCCAACAAACACAAGGACUGGGUGCGCUGGAGCAGCAGUACCGAAAUCGGUGACUUUAUUCGUGACGCCGCCCGCGGCAGGGAAUUCAUCAUAGACAUCACUGGACAUAAUACCGGCAUCACCGUCGGCGUGCCCAGCUUCGGUGACCGCACGCAUUACUUGCGGGUCAGGCUACGCCGCAUGUCACGCAAAAUCGAAGAGCUGUCCAAGAUCAAGCACGAGUGCGAUAUCCUGGCCCACCGUGGCGCGCAUAGGAUUGCCAAGGGAGGAUUUGCAGCACUGAGUGGCUGGUGGGGAGUUGUGUACUUCGUCACCUUCCACACGGAAGCCGGGUGGGAUUUGGUAGAGCCCGUAACAUACCUGGCUGGGUUGACCACCAUUAUGGGUGGCUAUCUAUGGUUCCUGUUCAUAAGCAAGGACCUCAGCUACAGGGCCGCUCUCAACAUCACGGUUACGCGCCGCCAGAACAUGCUCUAUCAGGAUCGCGGAUUUGACCCGCAGAGGUGGGAUGCCUUGGUGGCCGAUGCUAAUUCCUUGCGCCGGGAGAUUCGCGUCAUUGCUGAGGAAUAUGAUGUGGACUAUGACGAACAAAGGGAUCUGGGCAGUGAAGAGGUCGCAGAAGUUUUAGAUAAAGAACUCGAGAAGAAGUCAAAGGGCAAGAACGACGAGGAGGUCGAGGAAGAGGAAGAGACGUCCAAGGAGGCCAAGAAGAAACAGUCCAGUGAGGGCCAGAAGACAGAAGAUCUCAAGGAAAACAAGGAUUAG